UCUUCCUCCUCCUCCUCUUGGUUCCUUUCACUUCAUUGGUUCCCGCCACUGCAAGUCUGCAACCUCGGCUCUCGGAGCAGCUGUGCUACACAUAUGGAGGCGGCGCGUACGAUGUGGGUGAACGGCCCUAUCAUCGUUGGCGCAGGCCCGGCGGGGCUGUCGGUGGCGGCGCAGCUCCACACCCACGGCGUGCCUUCAGUGGUGCUGGAGCGCGACGACUGCAUCGCGUCCCUGUGGCAGCGCCGCACCUACGACCGGCUCCGGCUCCACCUCCCCAAGCGCUUCUGCGAGCUCCCGGGGAUGCCCUUCCCGGCGAGCUACCCGGAGUACCCCACGAAGCACCAGUUCAUCUCCUACCUCGAGUCCUACGUCGCCGCCUUCGACAUCCGCCCCCGCUUCCGCCAGUCCGUGUCCUCCGCGCGGUUCGACCACGCCGCCGGGCUCUGGCGCGUGCAGGCAUCGUCCACGGAGGACGAGAAUGAGACCACCACGGAGUACAUCGGGCGGUGGCUGGUGGUGGCGACGGGCGAGAACGCGGAGCGCGUCCUGCCGGAGUUCCCCGGCGCCGGGUCGUUCAAGGGCCCCGUGACCCACGUGUCGGAGUACAUGUCGGGCGAGCCGUACCGCGGCUCGCGCGUGCUGGUGGUCGGCUGCGGCAACUCCGGCAUGGAGGUGUGCCUGGACCUGUGCGACCACGGCGCGCGGCCGGCGAUGGUGGUCCGCGACGCCGUGCACGUGCUCCCGCGCGAGAUGCUCGGCGUGGCCACCUUCUCCGUGGCCGCCUUCCUGCUCCGCUUCCUGCCGCUCCGGCUCGUGGACCGCCUGCUCGUGCUCCUCGCGGGGCUGUUCCUCGGGAACGACCUGCCGAUGCUCGGGCUGAAGAGGCCUACAACAGGAGGUCCGCUGGAGCUCAAGAACUCGAGCGGCAGGACGCCCGUGCUGGACAUCGGAGCGCUGGAGAAGAUCCGGGCCGGGGAGAUCGCGGUGGUGCCAGGCGUGAAGAGGUUCAUGGCCGGCGGGGCGGAGAUGGUGGACGGGAGCUUCGUGGCGGCCGACGCCGUGGUGCUGGCCACCGGGUACCACAGCAACGUCCCGCAGUGGCUCAAGGGGAGCGACUUCUUCAGCGGCGAGGGGUACCCGAAGGCAGGGUUCCCGGAGGGGUGGAAGGGCGAGUCUGGGCUCUACUCCGUGGGGUUCACGCGCCGGGGCCUCUCCGGAGUCGCCCUCGACGCCAUCAGGGUCGCCGGCGACAUCGCCGUGGCGUACAACCAAAAGAACAACACAUCGUCGUCGUGUACCGGCUGCCCCGUGCUACAGGAGCCGGUACCCUGAUCAUUGGCAUGCUGCGCUGCUUCAGACAUCCUGGCAACGGGGGAGUGUCACUCUCGUCACAGAUGGCAGUGGCCACAGCUAGCCACAGACGGCA